AUGUCUGCCUUUAAGUGCGCCUUGUUAGUCUCGGCUGUGCUUCAGGCCGCCAAUGCCCACGGCACGGUAACAGGUAUCAUGGCAGACGGAGUCUUCUAUGAGGGCUACAAUCCCUCGAUGCAGUUCCAGAACCCCCCACCAAAGGUUGUGGGCUGGUCCACCCCCAAGGACCUGGAUAACGGCUUCGUCUCCUCCAACAAGUACUCGGACCCGGACAUCAUCUGCCAUGUCGGCGCGACGCCGGCGCCCAUCGCCGCCAAGGUGACGGCGGGCUCGAGCCUGACCGUCUUCUGGACCCAGUGGCCCGAUUCGCACCGCGGGCCCAUGAUGGACUACCUCGCCCCUUGCAACGGCGACUGCGCCAACGUCGACAAGUCGAACCUGCAGUUCUUCAAGGUCGACGCCGUCGGGCUCUUGGACGGCUCCAAGGCGCCGGGAAAGUGGGCCUCGGACGAGAUGAUUGCCAAGAACAACUCCUGGACUCUGACGAUCCCGUCCGACAUCGCCGAGGGCCAUUACGUCCUCCGCCACGAGACCAUCGCGCUCCACGACGCGGGCCACGAGGGCGGCGCGCAGAACUACCCGCAGUGCAUCAACAUCGACGUCCAGGGAGGCGGGUCCGAGAAGCCCUCCGGCGUCAAGGGCACGGAGCUGUACAAGGCCAGCGACGCGGGCAUCAAGAUAAGCAUCUACCAGGACAACAUCAAGUACUCCAUCCCCGGGCCACCGGUAAUCGGCAAGCAGCAGAAGCGGAGUCCUGAGCGUCAGCGGAAGCGGGUGGCUGUCGUUUACUGA